AUGGAUUUCGCGCAGCUCCCCAUCAUGCAACAGAUCGCCGAGACUUGCCCCUCCGUUUCUAAGCCCGAAGACAUCCUGAACAUCCCGGGUAGCCCUUCCUUCGUCUUUCAGAUGCCGAGGGGCACUCAAACGCCUCCAAGCAUGCCGGCGGGACUCGACGAGGAGCCGGAGAUAAUCAGACCUGCACCACCCCCCAAGGGCACAACUCUGGAAGCCGCGGAGGAGGGGGCACCUCAACCGAUUCCAACACCAACAGCGGAGACAAGGGUUCUUCCUGGCUUGCGUCGCCUAACCUUCCCAUUAACACGUGCUUCCUUUCAGGGGAAGGACGCGGCUUCAGACUUCCCUCAUCAGCCCGAGGGAGCCUCCCAAGGCGUGCUCGUGACUCCUGGUCAUUGGGAAACAUCCGGGAUUCCCUCGAUCGACCUGCAGCUACCCGACCCUCAUUACGAUCCGACAACUUUCCCCCUGUAUGCGGCUGUCGGAGGCGCUUUGGUAGAUCUGGCCAUAGACAGGGGCCGAGGACGGCUGUCGGGUCUCGAGGGCCAGCUGAAAGAAGCCUUGGAAACUUUCAGGGCCUCGGAACUGCACGAGACACGCAGGGCCGUAAUAGAGGUGAAGGCCGAAAACAACCGGCUGGAUAAGUUAUGGAGGGACACGUAG